UUCGAAACUCCUUCCAACAUUCGUGAUUUAUAUUUCGGGGAGAUAAAUACAUCCGAGCUCAAUAGGACGGUGGCAAAGCCGACCUACAAGCGUUACGCCUAAACCUGUAAGUCUGUAACCAUUACCACACAGGUGCACAACCAACGCUAGAAGUUCAACCUCUUCUUCACGAAGUGUCGCAUCAUCCCAACCGCUGUCUUCCGUCGCAUUCUCUCACCAGAAUUAGGGUUUGAUCUACACUACCAGUUUCAGACGUCAAAUUACUCGGCUAUUUUGCCCGAAUUUAAUCGUAAUGGCAACUCUAGCCGAUUCUUUCUUGGCCGAUCUCGAUGACUUAUCAGACAACGAAGCUGAUGUCGUGGUGGAAGAAGAUGCGGAUGGAGAAAACAUGGAGGAGGAUAUUGAUGGAGAGUUAGCUGACAUAGAAUCCCUGAAUUAUGAUGAUCUUGAUAAUGUUUCCAAACUACAAAAGUCUCAACGUUACACUGAUAUAAUGCAGAAAGUUGAAGAUGCAUUGCAAAAAGGUUCGGAGGUUCCUGAUCAUGGAAUAGUUUUGGAAGAUGAUCCUGAGUAUCAGUUGAUUGUUGACUGCAACGCAUUGUCAGUGGAUAUUGAGAAUGAGAUUAUUAUUAUCCACAAUUUCAUCCGUGACAAGUACCGCCUAAAGUUUCCAGAGCUUGAAUCUCUUGUUCAUCACCCUAUUGACUACGCUCGUGUUGUGAAGAAGAUUGGUAAUGAAAUCGACUUAACCCUAGUUGAUCUGGAAGGGCUUCUGCCUUCUGCUAUCAUUAUGGUAGUCUCAGUCACUGCUUCCACUACCAGUGGUAAGCCACUGCCUGAAGAAGUUUUACAGAAGACUGUCGAGGCUUGCGAUCGUGCAAUUGAGCUUGAUUCAGCAAGGAAAAAAGUCCUUGAUUUUGUGGAAAGCAGAAUGGUAUAUAUUGCACCAAAUAUUUCAGCAAUUGUUGGAAGUGCUGUCGCAGCAAAACUUAUGGGAACUGCUGGAGGUUUGUCUUCAUUAGCUAAGAUGCCUGCUUGUAAUGUUCAGCUUCUUGGGGCCAAAAGGAAGAAUACGGCAGGUUUUUCAACGGCAACAUCUCAAUUUCGUGUUGGUUAUAUUGAGCAGACAGAGAUAUUUCAGAGUACGCCCCCUCCUUUGAGAAUGCGUGCAUGCCGUCUUUUGGCUGCAAAGACAACCCUUGCAGCCCGAGUAGAUUCAACGAGAGGAGAUUUAACUGGAAAGACUGGAAGGACAUUACGUGAAGAUAUCCGCAAGAAGAUCGAGAAGUGGCAAGAGCCACCACCUCCUAAGAUCCCAAAACCUCUUCCUGUGCCUGAUUCAGAACCUAAAAAGAAAAGAGGUGGGCGAAGACUACGGAAGAUGAAGGAAAGAUAUGCUGUCACAGAUAUGAGGAAGUUGGCUAACCGGAUGCAGUUCGGUGUGCCUGAAGAGAGUUCUCUAGGUGAUGGUUUGGGAGAAGGAUAUGGUAUGCUUGGUCAAGCUGGAAGUGGAAAGUUACGCAUGUCUGCUGGUCCGAGCAAGCUUGCAGCAAAAGUUGCUAAGAAAUUCAAGGAGAAGCGCUAUGGAAGCAGUGGUGCUACCUCAGGGUUAACGUCAAGUUUGGCAUUUACUCCUGUGCAGGGCAUUGAACUUUCAAAUCCGCAGGCUCACGCACAUCAACUUGGCAGUGGAACUCAGAGUACAUAUUUCUCUGAAACAGGGACAUUUUCAAAAAUCAAGAGUAACUUGGGUAGACUUUGAGCUUCUGCAGGUAUUAAAGUUGUUGCCUGUAUCAGUUUCAGUGCUUUAUGGAGAGUGCCAGUUUACCGUGUGAAUUGAAAAUGCUCAAAACCGACGCUCUGAACUAUCAAUGUAUCAAUAGUUUCCAGUUUAAUAUUGCAAAGUUUUGUAGAUGGCUAAUUUAUCGAAUAUAAAUGGCUAAUUUAUCUGCCAUCAGCUUGUGAAUACGAGUCUCACUAUACUGCAACAUUUUCUGAACUUCAAUUGCAAAAAGGAAGAAUAGAUUUUUUUUUAAUACUGAUGAAAAUAAUUUCUGCUGAA